UAUUUGAGUACUUAUUCUAAUAUAAUAUAUGAGGAAACAUACGAGAGAUUAGCGCUGUAUGGCAUUUUCGAACAAUUAGUGAAUCAAUAGACCGAAGAAUUAUGGUGACUUAAACGCGUAUACCAUAGACAGCAUUCCAUGCCCCAUGGUGCAUCAUCAACUUAUAUUUUAGCAAUGACAUUUCUAAGCCGACCGGUUUUCAAAGGGUUUCCCUUUACCCUGUGAUUGUCUACACUCUUGAUCGUUAAAUACAUUUUCAAUCAACUUGGCAGCAUACUAUUUUUAUCUCUCUUUUUUUUCCUCUUUUUUUUUAAAAAAAUCAAAAUACUCUCAGUUCUGCACUAAGGAGUGUGAUUUCCCCACCCCGGCAUUCUGCAUAAAAUCCACAUGUUCCUUUCUAACCGAUUUUCAGGCACAAUAUGUGCCAGAAGUUUAAGAAUACAUAAAUCGCUCUUGAGUACAUACUCUAAUGUCGUCAUCGAGAUGACAGAAAGAGGGCUCGUAUCCAAGUAUACAAGUCCCGACAUUAUUCGAACAACAGACGAACCAACCACAAUUUAUUGUGGUGUAGAUCCCACAGCUAGAAGUCUACAUCUUGGUAAUCUUGUGACGCUUAUGGGAUUACUACAUUUCCAUAUUCGUGGUCAUCAAACAAUUGCUCUUGUCGGGGGAGCCACCGGCAGUAUUGGCGAUCCCUCCGGUCGAAAAUCAGAACGUAUUCCUCUAUCGAGAGAUAUUUUGGAUGAAAACGUAAAAGGGAUAGAGUCACAAAUACACAGGUUUUUUGAAAAUGGAGCCACCUAUGCUGAAAAACGAAAUUUUCUCAAGAACAGCAAUCAUAGCAUGACAACUCCCAAAGUAUUGAACAAUUAUAAUUGGUUUAAUUCUAUGACAGCUAUCGAUUUUCUCAGUGAUGUUGGUCGAUAUGCACGGGUGAAUACUAUGUUGGGAAAAGAAAGUGUCAAAUCACGUAUGGAAACAACACAGGGUAUUAGCUUUACAGAAUUUUCUUAUCAGCUUUUGCAAGCUUAUGAUUUUUGGUACCUUUAUAAGCAUCAUGGAUGUAGAAUUCAACUUGGGGGUAAUGAUCAAUGGGGUAACAUUACAGCAGGUAUCGAUAUGAUUGCAAGAAAGAGAUGCAGUGAAAGCAAUGGAAAUCAGGUGGAAGAUAGUAUGCAGUCGAAGGCAUAUGGCAUUACUAUCCCUCUUCUAUUAACAUCUAAUGGAGAGAAAUUUGGUAAAUCAGCGGGGAACGCUAUUUGGUUAGAUGAAAAAAUGACCAGUGUGUUUGAUCUCUAUCAGACAUUCAUCAGGACCACUGAUGAUGACGUGAAGAAAUAUCUAGAAAUGUUCACGCUAUUAACCAAAGAACAAAUAAAAGAUAUUAUGGUUGAACAUGAAAGAUUACCAGAAAAACAUAUGGCACAAAAGGCAUUAGCAGAUGAAGCAACCGAGCUUAUUCAUGGCGCUAUGGGUUUGCGAAAAGCACAAACAGCUACCCAAGUACUCUUUGGUGACAGCCUGGAUAACUUAUCAGGGGAUCACAUUAUUGAAGCCUUCAGAAAUGAUUAUAAUAGAUUCAAGCGAUUGCCGCGUUCCGAAGUUAUUGGAUGCUCUAUAGAUAGAUUGGCUGCAAAAACAAGCGCAGCGAAAUCCAAAUCUGAUGCACAAAAGAAAAUGAAAUCAGGCGGUCUCUAUUUCAACAAUCAGCGUGUUAGUGAUUAUAAACAGACAGUAAUGGAGACAGAUUUGAUUGAUGGAAAAGUUUGUGUUUUACGCGUUGGAAAAGCAUCCUAUUUCUUAAUAGAAGCAAUCUAAUUACACUCUACGUAUAGAGGGAUAUUGUCAAAUAAUAAGCAAGAAAGCCUUUCUAAAGGAAGAAUAAGACGAAUGUAUUCAACUGAGUAGUGAUAAAGUGUUGAUUUUUUUGAGCUUGCUGUCACCAAGAAGUGAGACUAAAGAUGUUAAGAGCUGUAUCAAACGCGCU